CGCCCAAACACAGCUUUGUGGGUUACGUUACCUUCUUCCCUCCCUCACCCUUCACCCUUCAGUCCUUCACCCCUUUCUCCUCCUUUGAUUCCUUCUUUCUCAGACUCUCUCAGGCUCUCAGCCCCACCACACCUGUGCGCCUGCAGUGCCUCUGCUCCUAUUGCUGACGUUCGCCUUUCUCAGAAUAGAAGAGAAGACAACAGCAGAAAGCUGAACUGCAGAGCAGUCAGACAGAGAGAGAGAGAGAGAGAGAGAGAGAGAGAGAGAGAGAGCUCUGAACCAAACCAUUCAAGGAAGCAAGGAAUAGUGGUAUAGUACAGCAAACCAAUAACAAAAACAAUAUUGAUGGAAUCAUAGAACACAUACACCUUCUUCCCUCUUUCUCUUUCAGAGAUUAUCGAGAUCGUAACAGUGUUAGUCAAAUAUGGGGACUUGGUUUCCGUUCCUCCUGAUGCUGUUGCUAACGUGCGCCAGUCUCCCGCCAUCGUCAUCGGAUCCAGAGGACGAAGCCUGUCUUUCCAACCUUAAAUCAUCCUUGCAGGACCCUACCAACAGCCUGAGGAACUGGACCAAAACCACCUUCGCCAACCCAUGCAGCGGCUUCACCUCUUACUUGCAGGGGGCUACCUGCAACAACGGACGCAUCUACAAGCUCUCCCUCUCUAACCUCUCCCUCAGGGGAUCCAUCUCACCUUACCUUUCCAACUGCACCAAUCUCCAGGCACUCGACCUCUCCUCCAACUUCCUUUCGGGCCCCAUCCCUCCCGAUCUCCAAUCGCUUCUCAACCUCGCCGUUCUUAACAUCUCCUCCAACAGUCUCACAGGCACCAUACCCCCGCAGCUCGCCUACUGCGCCUACCUCAACGUAAUAGAUCUCCACGACAAUCAACUCACGGGUCCCAUCCCUCAGCAACUGGGCCUCCUUGUAAGGCUUUCCGCUUUCGAUGUCUCCAACAAUCGCCUCUCCGGUGCGAUCCCGGUCUCUCUCGGUAACCGUACGGGGAACUUGCCCAGGUUCAAUGCCAGCUCCUUUGUGGGGAACAAGGACCUCUAUGGCUACCCUUUGCCGCCCUUGAAGACGAAAGGGUUAUCGGUGAUGGCCAUCGUUGGAAUCGGUUUGGGGAGUGGACUUGUGAGUUUAGUGCUUAGUUUCACCGCCGUCUGUAUUUGGUUACGGGUUACAGAACAGGGAAUGGCUGCCGAAGAGGGAAAGAUCAGUCAACUUAUGCCCGACUACUGAAAUCAGUAUACAUUGUUCGUACCCAGAAUAUUUCAUUUCGUUUCAGGGACUGCGUGGUUUGCUAACGUGAACUGGUGAGAGACUGCAACCCCUUCCUUGGCCCUCUUUCUUUGCGGUGCAAGUUAUCAGGACUCAGGAGAUGAGGCUUCAAGAGAGAAGAAAAGAAAUGUAGAUAUAUUAUGAGUCAUGAGUCUCAUGACCCACCAAAGGAAAAGGAAAAUUGUAGUAUUAUGAGUUACCACUUUAUCUGCACAGUAGUAGUAGUAGUAGCAGUAGCAGUAGCAGUAGUAGGAGUAAGGACCUUUGGCUGUGACCUUUGGGAGAUUGUAUUCUUACUUCCAUCCUUUCAUGCGUUUGAUGAAUGAUGAUGCUAGCUACUUGUAUUUCUUUGAAAAGCAGUGGUGGGAAAACUUUUUUGACCAACUUGAUCAA